CUACACCAGGGCACUUGUGCACGGCCCUUACAGCCCCUUCGUAGCGCCCUAGGUGUGCUUCUGAGGGCGAUUUGUACUCGGGCGCAGGGAAGAGGCAGGCGGAUGAUAUGGCAGCUUUAUGAGCGACCAGGUGGAACUCGCUUUGUGUUGGAUUCGAAUCGACAUGACGUCAGUUUAACAAGCGGAGAAAAUAAGAAUUAUAAUAAUAUCAGUCAACAGAUCGAGUUGAAAUAAAAAUGAUUUAUUUGAUCCUGAUCUCGGCGUUCGCGGGGGCGGUGGUGACGCUGCUCCUGCAGCUCGCGGUGCUGUACCGGAGGAGCCCGGAGCCCGUGGCGCGGACCGUGCAGUACGUCAAAGCGGUGCCUGAUCCGGCACUCAGGGAUUACUUUACAAAUCCGCAGCCGACGGACGGUGCGUGUGCCGGGCCUCUUCCUUCCCCUCCUCCUUCUUCACCUUCUCCUCCUCAUCUUCUUUCUUCAUCUUCUGGACAGUCUGAACCGGAGACGUGCGGCUUCCUAAACGCGAUCUUCCUGUUCCUGUUCCGCGAGCUGCGCGACACGCCGCUGGUGCGCCACUGGAUCACCAAGAAGAUCCGCGUGGAGUUCGAGGAGCUGCUGCAGACCAAGACGGCGGGCCGCCUGUUGGAAGGGCUGAGCCUGCGCGACGUGUCGCUCGGGGACUCCGUGCCCGUGUUCAAGACGGCGCGCCUGGUCCGGCCCGUGCGCCUGGACGACGGCGGCAUGCCCGACGAGCUCGGCUUCGAGGUGGACCUGGAGUACGCCGGCGGCUUCCACCUGGCCGUCGACGUCGACCUGGUGUUCGGCAAGUCCGCCUACCUGUUCGUGAAGAUGCGGCGCGUGGCCGGGCGCCUGCGCCUGCGCUUCAGCCGGCUGCCCUUCACGCACUGGUCGUUCGCCUUCGUCGAGGACCCGCUGGUCGACUUCGAGGUCAAGUCGCAGUUCGAGGGCCGGCCGCUGCCUCAGCUCACCUCCAUCAUCGUCAACCAGCUCAAGAGGGUCAUCAAGAAGAAGCACACGCUGCCCAACUACAAGAUCAGGUACAAGCCGUUCUUUCCGUUCCAAGUGCAGCCGAUGCCUGAGCCAGACUUCUCAGUCCAAGACGAGCGGUUGGUGGAGGGACGCCUCCGUGUGACACUUGUUGAAUGUAGCAGGCUCUUUAUUCUGGGCUCGUACGAGCGCGAGACCUACAUCCACUGCACUAUUGAGCUCAGCAGCCACGAGUGGCAGGAAAAACCUCGCAGCUCCAUCAAGAAGACUGAGGUCAUUAAGGGUCCAAAUGGUAGCGUGGGAAUGACGUUUCGACACGUCCCAGCAACUGAAGGUGAUGUGGUACAUGUAAGCAUUGAGACGGUGACUCCCAACUCCCCUGCUGCCCAGGCUGACCUGCAAAAAGGAGAUCGCUUAAUUGCAAUCGGAGGAGUCAAAGUGACAUCUUCCGUCCAAGUGCCAAAGCUGCUAAAGCAAGCUGGAGAUCGAGUGGUUGUCUUGUAUGAAAGACCAGUUAGACACCAGGUGCCUACCAUGAGCUUGGGACCCCUCCAAGACACCUUGGGACCCCUAGAAGAACCUGCAUACGCUGUGGCUGGGGGUUUUGAGGAGGACCCAGCCCACAUUACCACCAUGGACAUAACUGAUGGCAAAGACAAUGACUCAGAAUUUGAGGAACUGAUAGUGGAGCCCAAAUCAGCUGGAGCUCCAGUCAUUGCAGAAGCUAAAGAGGAUAAUUUACUCUCUGUAAACCAAAGUCCUAAAAAAACUGUGGCCAAUCUAGCCUCCAAGCCCCUGGGUACAAUCUCCCCAAUUCUCAAUCGCAAGCUCAACUUAGCUGGUCUGCAAUCGCCGCUAAAACCCCAGCCAAAAGAGUCACCAAAGCCCUCACCAAUCAAAAGUGCAGAAGCUUCAGAACCACCGCAGAGGCCAACAGUGCCCCCUCCUCCUCCACCUGUGCGCCCGCCUGUUCCACCUAGGCCCCAUAUAAAAGUAACAUCUCCUCCCACAUCCUGUGAAUCCCAAAAUGUGGACGUCACUGACUCUAUAGUCGAAAAAGCACCAGAAAAAUGUCCUCCAUCUGCAGGCAAUGGAGACAAACCUGCAUCUGAAAGAAGUCCAACAAAAAAUCCUGAGCCAAAGCCUGUUAGCAAACCUGUAGACCCCAUCGAAGAACUCCCAACUAACCCACUUAGCAGUAAGCAAGAUUUGGUCAAAGACAAAAUUGUUGAGAGUGCAUCUAACCUAAAAGACAGUAUGGAUGAGCAUGGUCUCUGGGAGUCAUCUGAAGCUAUGUUCCGAAACAGAUAUGGACGUUGGAGCAAGUCCUCAGUGGUCUUUGAUGUGGAAAGCAACCAUAAAUACCUUAAUGUAGCACUUUGGUGCAAGGACCCCUUUAAGCUAGGUAGUCUCAUAUGCUUGGGGCAUGUUAGCUUGCAUUUGGAGCAUAUAGCCCUGGAGUGUUUGUGUAUUUCAUCUGCGGAAUAUCAGAGCACCUUUCGUUUGUGUGCCCCAGAGCCGCGGGCCAGCGUUAGCCGAACGGCACUUCGUAGUCUUAGCACACACAAAGGCUUCAAUGAGAAGCUAUGCUAUGGAGACAUCACUCUAAACUUCACCUAUCUGGGAGAGGGAGACGCAGACCUAUCCAGUAGUGUUAUUGAAAGAGACGGGAGUUUACAAGAGGAAGAGCUAAAGGAACGUGAUCGAGAAAGGGACCAUGUACCGACAGUUACCCGAGAUGAUCUAAAUUACAGCUCAAUGCAGCUCGAGGUUCGACACAACUUUCAGGACACGCAGUUUCAGAAUCCCACCUGGUGCGAUUACUGCAAAAAGAAGGUUUGGACCAAGGCUGCUUCACAGUGCAUCACCUGUGCCUACGUCUGCCACAAAAAGUGCCAGGAGAAGUGUCUUGCUGAGCAUCCUUUCUGCCUGGCAAUUACAGACCGGCGAAGCGCAGACCCUGAAGCAAAGUCCACCAUCAACCGGGCAACCACUGGUCUCACACGGCACAUCAUCAACACCAGCUCUCGUCUGCUCAACCUGAGGCAGGUUCCCAAAGCCAGACUGGUAGAACAAGCAGCAGAGGUUGGUCCUGGAGUGGCAGAACCUUCCCCAAAACAUACACCCAACACCUCAGACAAUGAGAGCAGUGACACCGAGACAUACACAGGGGCAAGUCCUUCCAAACAGCCACCAAGUGGCGGUGGCACAAAGCUUGCACGGAAAGAGGGAGGUUUAGAUGAUAGCGUAUUUAUUGCAGUGAAGGAGAUUGGGCGGGACCUCUACCGUGGCCUCCCUACAGAUGAGCGAUCGCAAAAGCUGGAACUGAUGCUGGAUAAGUUGCAGCAGGAGAUUGACCAAGAGCUGGAACACAACAACUCGUUGAUGACUGAAGAGAGGGAAGCAACUGAUGCACGCCGCAAAACCCUGAUCACUUCGGCUCUGGCCAAGUCAGGUGAACGGCUUCAAGCUUUGACUCUGCUGAUGAUUCACUACCGUGCUGGCAUAGAAGACCUAGAAUCCUUGGAGAGCACCUCGCCGUCUGAACAGCAUGGCUUCCCAAAGUCAAAAGUGGAGGUUCUGGAAGAGGAUCUGAUGGGUGCAGAAGUAUACGAUAGUGACGUUUGUAGCCCAGUAGAUGUAGGGAGUCUAAAUGAUAUUAGUGAGGAACAGAUCUGUGUGGAAGCAUUGCCACGUUAGGUAACAGAAAUGCAAAAGGAAAUUCAGACUGUGGGGUUUCUGGGGACUAUAUGUGACUGUUUGGCACUGGGAUCAACUAUAAAUGUGAGGUUUGCAAAAUAAGUUAUUUUACAAGAUAUCCAGAAAUGUAUGAAAAUGGUCAUUUGGGGGAAUUUUUUUGUUGAGGUUGUCAGAUAAUUUUUUUCCCUUAUUUUUCCUUUUUUCUUAACAUGUCUCAACUGUGGUUCCAAUCCAGUCAGUAUGGUGUAUCAAUGCAAUGUUUCGACUAUACUUUUCAGUCAGUAUUGGAGUUUUUCCGUAUUGAUGUUGAUCCGACCAAUCUUUCUUGCCUUGGCUGAAAGGAGAAGCACCACUUUGUGUAGUAAUAAAGACCCUUUCAAGGGUAGACUCCAUUUUGUAGCAUCAGUGUUAUUAGUAAGAUUUAAGGUUGAAGAAUCCCAGGACACCCUGCUUUCUUGUGAGCUUUGCACCUCUUUCGUUUUGACUGUUCGCUUCUAACCAGUGGGAUUUCGGCAAGUACUAGAAUGUAAACCUUUUUAUUGGUUCCAUGUGGAGCUCCACCCGACCUCCUGAAGUUUUGUAUUUUCCUUUUCAAAAUUUUAUGUCCUCCAAACUUGAGCACUUUGUAUUGUACUAAAUUUCUUGAAUUAUUCAAUUAUUCUAAAUAACUGAGUAGUUUAUUUAACUGCCAUUUCCUUUCAUACGUCUGUCUAUGUUAAAUUACAAGGGAAUUAUUAUAGAAAAAAGGUAAUCAUACCUUAUUUGGGGACCAUGGUAAUUUUCUUUUUUCUUUCCCCUAAUUUUGUUGUAUUCUAAUGCCAAACAAAUGUGACAAAUCACCACUGUUUUACAUCUUAUGUUGGAUAUCACAAGUAAUAAUAUAUUUUGAUGAAUUUU